CUAAUGAAGACCCGCCCAGUCAGGUUUUAGUUUCUUAUUCAUACUGACAAUCCCUGCAUAGUUUUGAAUCUUCACGCAUGCGUUGGAAUAUUCUGUGAAGAGGAUGCUUGAUAAUUUUUUACGUCGUACGUAUUGCUCAAUUACGUAAAUAUCAAUUAUUACAACGGAAGUUCUGGCAUUUUAGCUUUAUUGGAAGGUAAAACCAACCAUGCAGAUUCAAAGGAAAUCAUUACCAACAUUUGUGCUACUGCUUUGGACAAGUACAAAACUCUGCUGGAUGCAGAGGACUGAUGUAGUAUAUCAGGAUAUCAGAGAUGUGGAUGCAACAUGCAAUGGUUUGGAUUCUUGUAGAGUUCCCAGAUCAAACGAAGCCUGGAAAUACAACUGCAACUGUGAAAAGACUUGCGGUCUUCAUGGCACGUGCUGCGCAGAUUCGAAAUACAAACGAAAAUUUAAGCGAAAAAAUCAGAAGAACCUUGAAUGCAGAGUGAUAAGCCAUAAUCGCAAAUUUCUGUACCCCUUUAUUAGGAGUUGCAAUCCUGAUUUGCGGCAUUCCGAAACCAUGAAAGAACUCUGCAGCUACUCAGCUUUAGCAGAAAUUAAUUCUGAUCCUUUCUUGGCUACACCUGUCACUGAUCCUCUGACAGGUAUCACUUAUCAGAACUACUACUGCUUCGCUUGCAAUGAAAACUCAGGUAAAGAGCGACUAAUACCAUGGGAUGUUGCCUUUGGAGGUGAUUUAGAAAAAGUAAACAAAUCAGAUUCAAUACCGAUCCUGCGUGAUUACGUGUAUGAUUCCCGGGCAUGGGUCUUGGAUGACAACUCCCAUGUCAGUCUGUGGACUUCAAUACCGGAAGGAUUAGAAGACAUUUUGCCAUAUUGUUACGGUUUUGGAAUAGUUUCAGAAUGUGCGUCGAGUUAUCCAAAUGCAAAUGUAAAAAAGAAGUGCGGGGCGUAUAUGGCUCUGACUAGAAUUCGAAUAGAUAACAGUUACGCGUAUUACCGAAAUCCACAUUGCGCCAUUUGCAACUAUGAGAAUAUGGAUGACAUGGUUUGCGCGUUGGACGAUGAGUAUCCUGUUAUUGCCCUUAGGGGACUUCUUUGUUAGGCUUUUCAGUUUUGAAACAGAUAAAUGCCCAGACAAAAUGGUUUAUGAUUCUUUCGCGAAGAAAUGCCGAAACAUAUACAGACCAAGAAGUCAUUGAUUGUAGAAAACAAUUUACGUUCUUUACUACGAAAAUCAUUUUUUUAACACCCAUUGUAUUUAGGUGAGAGGGAAAUUUAGAAGUUAUUUGUAUCUUUGAAGAAAAAUAUUUAACUUUUAAAAGUUGUCUUGUGAUGUACAGAUUUUGUUUUUUUUUAAACUGAACCACAUCAAAUAUUUCAAUUAUGGAACAGAAAUCGUUUCGUAAGACCUAUUUUCACAAAUGUUUCUUACAAUUUUAUCUAGUCUUACUAUUUUAGUUGUUGCUAAAGUCCAUGAUGUCGUAUACUUUCGAGAAAUCAAUAAACUAUGUGGAUGCUCAUAAAAAUUAUGUUUCGAGAAGCGAUCAAGAAUAUGAUCAUUUCUAAUCUCUCAAUUAUUUCUGUGUUAGUAAUAUUCUGCAUAACUUAAUAUAAUACAAUCUUUCAAUUAUU